AUGACCGACCUACAACAAAAGCAAAAAGAACCAACAACUAUCUACUGUGACAAUAUGUCUACAAUUGCAAUGAAAAAAAAUCCAGUGUUCCAAGGACGGACGAAGCAUAUAGAGUUACGACAUCACUUCAUCAGAGAGUUGGUAGAGAACAAGGAAAUCGAGCUCCAAUUCUGUCCGACGCAAGAACAAAAUGCGGACAUUUUCACAAAAGCAGUCACGGUGGACAAGUUCAAUCAUUUUAGAGACAAGCUCAACAUCACAAAUUAAGAGGGGGUGUUAAAAAUAUACAUUAAUUUGUGAUUUUGCAAACAGUAAAUCUAGAAAAAUCUAGAUUGCUCAAGGCAGCUCAGAGAAGAUAAUCUUCUAGACAAAGUAAGUCUAAAAUGAUCUAGGCUAGUCAGUAAUAAGCCUAGACUGAUCGGUCAAAUGUCUAGAGAGUUCUUAAAGUACGAACUCAGUUGAUAAGUUUAGUAGAAAGAAAGUUCUAGUCUAAAUACAUACUAGACUAUUCUAGAAAGACUGUGGUCGGUCACUCACUGCCUAUAAAUAGGCAAGCUCCGGUUCAUUUUUGAAUCAAUCAAAAUCCAUAGAAAACUCAAGUGAGUGAAGUAAGAGUGAGAGUGAGAGCUAAACCAAGUGAGCCAAAGUUCCCUUUGUAAACAGACGUGUAAGCCAAAGGUGCUACACCAAACCUCUUGUAACAUUUCCAAUUUCAAUUAAUCAAAGCCUCACUUUACUUAAACCAAUCCUCUUUCAAUUAAAUCAUUUCCAUAAACCCAUCACACUUCCGCAUUGCGCCAACACAAACUAGGUAGCAAACUUGUCAUUGUUUUGGGUUCACCAGAAUUAGCUGAAGCUGUCCUUAAAGAAUUCGAUUCGACAUUUGCAAACCGGGCUCCUACGGUAGCAGCAAUGUCAUUAAGCUAUGGUGGUGCCGACAUGGUAUUUGCUGAAUAUGGUCCACACUUGCGAAAUGUACGUGCCUUAUGUGCUCGAGAGAUUCUGAGUAAGAACACCCUCGACUCGUUCUCAGCUCUUCGGAAACAGGAAAUUCAAAGAACAUUAAGAAGUAUUUACGCGAAGGUAAACUCUGCAGUCGACAUAAGGCAAGAAAUGUAUCUCACUAUGCUUAAUGUGAUUAUGAACAUGUUGUGGGGUGGCACACAUGAUGAUGAAGAUAGGAACAGAAUUGGCGCGGAAUUCGGCCGUCUAGCUGAAGAAAUGAUCAACAAUUUAGGGAGAACCAAUAUUUCUGAUUUUUUUCCUGUUCUUGCAAAGUUUGAUUUACAAGGAAUAGACCAACGGAUGAAAGAGCUUAUUUCAUGGUUAGACACAUUCUUCGAGUCACUUAUUGAUAAAAGGGUGAAAAUGGAUCAUGAGUUAAAACUAAAUGGAGAUGAAAAUAGUAAGAAGAACGAAUUCAAGGAUUUCUUACAAGUCUUUCAAAAAUUCAAGACCAAGGUGAAUCCAAAACUCCUUUUACCACAACCAACCUCAAGGCUUUGUUUAUGACCAAGUUUAUGACAGAAUUUGGUGGUCCGGGGGACAGAUACAUCCGGGGUGACAGUAAAAUGGGCGAUGGCCGAGUUGGUUAAACAACCAAAAAUUAUGAAAAGAGCCCAAGAUGAGUUAGACACUGUUGUAGGGAGAAACACCAAUGUAGAAGAAUCUCACAUAUACAAAUUACCUUAUUUGGGUGCAAUCCUAAAAGAAACACUUCGCUUACAUCCUCCGGUGCCGCUCUUGGUUUCUAGGUGCCCAAGUUCAACCUGUAAUGUGGGAGGCUAUGCUAUACCUAAAGGAGCUCAAGUUUUUGUUAAUGCAUGGGCAAUUCAAAGAGACCCUAAAUAUUGGGAUAAUCCAUUAGAAUUCCAACCAGAGAGGUUUUUGCAGAACCCCAACAAAGUUGAUUCUAUUGGAUCCGAUUUCCGAUAUAUUCCAUUUGGCUCGGGCAGGAGGAGAUGUGCAGGUGUUCCUUUAGUAGAAAGAAUGGUACCUUAUGCAUUAGCUUCUGUGCUGCAUUCAUUUGAAUGGAAAAUGCCAGAAGGUGUUGAGAUUGAUGUUUCAGACAAAUUUGGUAUUGUUGUGAAGAAAAGCACACCCCUAAAUGCAAUCCCAUUGCCAAGAUUAGCUGAUCCAGGUCUCUAUAUUUAUACAGAUUGCUAGCUACACUGUCCUGUAUAUGUAAACUAGUCCAAAUGCUUAUUUUGAAGUUUACUUGUCAAUAAUACUUCUGGUACAUCCAUUAUCCAUACGUUAUCUGGGUCGUAUAAUUUUGUCUAA